AUGGCUUUUUGUAUUGCAUCAACCUGUAAUAUUCCUUCUGGUGCUAUUUUUCAACACCGUCAACUACUUGUUUCUAAAACACCAACCAGCAGAAUCAGUGUGAAGAAGCAACUCCAUUGCAUCGCUAACCCAGAACUUAGUACUUCAACUGUUGUAAGGCGAUCAGGAAACUACAAACCUUGCAUUUUUAACGAAGAUUAUCUGCCAAAAUUGACUAAUGAGUACACGGGAGAAGCAUACAGAAAAAAAGCAGAAAAGCUGACAGAAGAAGUGAGGAUGAUAAUCAAUAGUAUGGACAACCCAUUGGAUCAGCUUGAGCUGAUUGACAACUUACAAAGACUUGGAGUGGCUCACCGUUUUGAACGUGAAAUAAAGAACAUGUUGGACCGUGUCCACAAUAUCAGCGAUCAUAAAUGGAAGAAAGGAAAUCUAUAUGCAACCUCUCUAGAGUUUAGACUCCUGAGAAAACACGGCUAUUAUGUUACUGAAGAAGUUUUUGAGAGUUUCAGGGACAAGACGGGCAGUUUCUCGGCGUGUGUCUGUGAUGAUGUGAAGGCAAUACUGAGCUUUUAUGAAGCCUCAUUCUAUGGGUUAGAAGGAGAAAGUAUGAUGCAGGAGGCAUGGGAAUUCAGUUCUAAACAUCUUAAAGAUCUUGAUUAUAAGGAUGUCGACCAGAAUCUUGUACCGCUUGUUGAGCAUGCCUUGGAGCUUCCUCUUCAUUGGUGGGCGCCACGACUAGAGACCAAAUGGUUCAUAGAUUCAUAUGAGAGAAGGGAAGACAAGAAUCACCUUCUACUCGAGCUUGCAAAGGUUGACUUUAAUAUUUUACAGGGAAUUCAUCAGGAAGAUCUUAAAGACACAUUGAGGUGGUGGGAGAAUACUGGUCUUCGAGAGUUAACUUUUGCUAGGAACAGCUUGAUAACAGCAUAUUUAUGGGGUUUGGGUAUAGCUUUUCAACCUCAGUACUCUUACUGCUUAAUGUUCGUUGCAAAGGCCAUUGCUCUAAUUACAGUAAUUGACGAUAUUUAUGAUGUUUAUGGUACCUUGCCUGAACUAGAGCUCUUGACUGAUGCUAUUACGAGAUGGGACAUUAAAGCAAUGAAACAGCUUCCCAGUUACAUGAAAACAAGUUUUCUCUCGCUGUUCAACUUUGUUAAUGAAGUGGCUUAUCACAUUCUCAAAGAAAAGAAUUCAGACGUCUCAAUGACUCUAAUCAAAAUGUGGAAAAAUAUGGCGCAAGCCCAAAUAACAGAGGCAAGAUGGUACCACUAUCAGUAUAAGCCAACGCUAGAUGAAUAUUUGAAUAAUGCUUAUGUAUCAAUUACGGGUCCUAUUAUGGCAACUCUGUCAUAUAUAUCGUCAGCAAAUCCGAUAUUAGAGAAGGACUUAGAAUAUCUAGAAAGCAAUCCGGAUAUUAUAAAAUGGUCAUCCACGGCUUUCCGACUUCAAGAUGAUUUGGGAACUUCACCGGAUGAGAUGAAGAGAGGUGAUGUACCUAAAGCAAUCCAAUGUUACAUGAAUGAUACUGGUUGUUCCGAGGAAGUUGCUCGUGAAUACAUUAAGGAUCUAACAAGGAAGAUAUGGAAGAAGAUAAAUGUAUACAGAGCUGCAACGAAUUGUCCCUUACCUCAACCUAUUGUUGAAAUGAUCAUAAAUCUUGUGAGAACUUCCCAUUACAUUUAUCGUCGCGGAGAUGGGCAUGGUGGUGGAGGUCAAGAGAUUAAGGAUGUUAUGUUUUCAUCACUCUUUCAACCCAUUCCAUUGCCAGACAAACAUAUCAGUUUUACUAAAAGUUUCAUUACGGAGUUAGCCCUGAGGGUGUUUGUGGUACAAUAUCAAAAGUCCAAGACGCUAAAAAUCUACGGUUACAGAAAGGAUGGAUCCUGUGAGGUUGAGGCCACUAAUAAUCCACCAGACCUGCACAUACGAAGAGACAAGCAUGAAGCUUACAGGAAACAAUGGGGUAAUGUUUGUCGUAGAUACUUUGACGCUCAAAUGCAGCCUUUGGAGGUGUCUUUUGUGGAGAGUCUUGUAAUCUUAAACCUGCAUGAUGAUAAUGCUCUUUGUCUCUUUGACUUAGUGGAUCACUUGAGCUUUGUAUGGAUUGGUGUGAGAUUGGUCAAGGCCGAGUGGUCUCUCCUUUUGGGGUACUUGAUCCAAAUCAAGGGAAGUUUUGCUCAGCUUAAGGCAACCAUGAGCAGUAAAGAACAUCUUUAUUCAAGUAACUACUAUGCUGAACAGAAAAAAAGGACAUGCUUAGAUAUGCAAGACAAGUUGGAUGAUGUAAAGCUAAAAGUCUCUAAAGCUAAAACCAUUAUUGGAAGUGUUGUUGAUCUUUCAAGUAAAUUGUUUAUCACCAUCAAAGUUGUAGAAACUGAGUUGGAGUUAGCAAGAGAAACCUUAAGAACAAAAGAAAUAGAGGUUUCAACUGCAAGGAGAGCCCUCACAAUCAAAGAUGAGGAGCUCAACCGUUUACAUAAUGGAUUAGAUGCUCGAGAGGAAGAACUAAAAGGGGCUAAGGGAGAACGAGAACUAGAUGGAGAGUGA